AUGGGCUGGAGCGCAAUAAGGAGGUCUUUCUUCAAUGCUGGCGGCGUGCCCAGGAUCGAGUUGGACUCUCCCAUGAGCUGGAGGUCUUUCAUAAGCGACAGCACGUCCGGGUACUCGACGAUGAUCUCUUCGACGUCGAUGGUGAGCAUCUGGAACCCUGCGUUUUUCAUGAGGGUGGCCACGUCGGCAGACUCGACAAACGGCGAGACUCUGGGCGACAAUUCUCCACAACGCUCGAGCUCUGCCAUCUGGAGCGCCGAUCGAAGCUCAAACAGCGUGUCGCCCGCAAACAUCGACCCGAUGAAACACCCGUUCGGUUGCAGCGACGAAUACAGGUUCUGGAACACUGUUGGCAGGUCGUUGAUCCAAUGCAACGACAGCAUGCUUUUGGACGAGUCCACCAUGUAUAUUUUCCCGAUUUUGGACCGGACAAGAUGCUUGUCGUCUCUCCAUCUUUUGUCGUCGUCGGGUCUGGACUCGCACAGCUGGCGCUCGAAGUUGCCCGAGUUGCACCCAAAGUCCAUGAUGCUUGUGAACGGGGUCUUGAGAAACGCCAGACGUUCGAUCGACCGUCUGGCUACUUCGUCCCGGAUAUACUCCACCAUGGUUGUAGUUGUUGGUCUUUUGGGGCUCGAGUCCCUUGGGCAGAUGGCUAGGAUCAGGGUUCAGUUGCUCUAUGAACUGUUGGAGCUGGCCAACCUUGAUUCCAAUCUCCAGGUAAUAAGGAUCGGUCACAGGACACUUGUGGUGCAGUUCGUUGAGGUAACUGGAGAAGAUGUUCAAAACACCCUCAUCAGCACGUCGGGCACAAGCUCCAGAACGUUGAGUGUGAGCUCGGAAAUACAAGACAGACCGGCUUGCACUUGGUCUGGCUUGGUGAAGUCCACGAGCUUCUCGGCAUGGUUACCCCAAAUCUCCUUGGGCCAGAACGAUCUGCCAUCGUCCAGAUCUUCUCUGAAAUCCCUGAUGAUGUUUGUUUUUUGUAGAAAUGCACCCAUCGACAAACUCAGGUCGAUUUUUUCCAACAGAUCAGGGUGUCCAAAGUUUGCAGCCACAGUCAUCUUGUUUGUGGUACUCGGCGAGGAUCUUGUCGAAUUCAACAAGAACGAUCCGGUCCUUUUCGUUUGGCCCGUUUCCAUUGUAGGUCCAGUCUUUGAGCAACAAUUUGGAGUCGAACGAUCUAAGAAGAGGUAUUUUCUCGUCUGGCGAGAUGGUCAUGUCGUCUUCGAUCGUGUCGAGGGCUCUCAACACCAGGUAGAACAACAUGAUGGCAUUACGCAGUUCCGGGUUGAGCUCCAUGAUCACGGCAGCGAAUGA